CAGGUGGUGUAGCCCGCGGGGUGCGGCUCCGGGCCGAGCCAGGGGAGCGCGGCGGGGGCACCAUGCCUGCCACCGUCUCCGGGCGCUGCCUGGUGCGCCUGCUGCUGCUGCGCCUGCUGCUGCUGCUGCUGCUGCUCUGCACCAGCCUCUCAGGCGGGAACCCUGCAGAUCCAGCUAUGACAACACAAGAUUCUAAUCAGACUCAGGUGAAUUCUGUGACUAAGAUGUCCGUGACUGGACAUGAAUCAUCUGAUGCUGUCACGCAAGAGCUCAAACCAGGAAACAAGCUGAGCAGUGAUCUCUCAGAGUAUGUGAUAGUCCUACCUGGUACAUCUGAAAAAAAUAUCUCUUUGGCCAGUCCAACUCAAGUUGAUCUUACAUGCAAAUUAGAGGAGAAUUCCAAUUUGAAAAAUCCUGAAGUGACAUGGAAAAAGGGAAGUGAAACAAUCAGUCACACCAGUAAAACUCCGAACAGCUGGACCAUCCAAGUGACCAUCUCAGGGAGCAGCGAGCUGGGAAGUUACACCUGUUUUCUGAAGGCUGAAAAAGAAAUCAGUGCUACGUUUCAUUUGCAUGUACCACCCAUUGAUGGAAGAGAAAAACCCAUAAUCACUUAUAUAGGAGAUACAGGCGUAAUGGUUUGUAAAACUGAGUAUCAUGCCAAGGGUUGGAGCUGGUAUAUGACCAAUGGAACCGAGCUGGUUCCUGUGGAUAAGAUUUUGCCUGCGGACAAGUAUGAAAUUCUGACCCCAUCUGGCAGUACAAGCCGUUUGGAGAUACACAGGCUCACUGCGGCAGAUUCUGGCGUAUAUUGGUGUGAAGCUGCUUUUGAAUUAGGGCCCAGUAAAGCGAGGUUUAAAGUUAAAGUUCUGUCCAUCGCAGAACCUCUCAAACCCUUUAUAGCAGUUGUGGCUGAAGUUGCUAUUCUUGUAACUACCAUUGGCCUCUACGAGGUGUAUUCAAAAAAGAAGGCAAAAGGAGGUGAAAAAGAGUUUGACCAAAUUGAGCAACUUAAAUCAGAAGACAACGUAAGUGAGAAAGGCAAGUAGUUCUGUGCAGAGAGGGAAGGUUCCUUUAAAGGAGAUUUAAGCCAAUAGAAGUGGAAAUCAUCACAAAGCUACAGAAGAUGUAUGCAGCUACUUAAACAUUCACUAUAUUUUGAAGUAAAAUCCUCUACAUUUGAGAAACAAGAUAUUUUUAAAAUAGCUCUGAAAUUACUCAUUUUAUACUGAUGAUAAUAUGAUAUAUUGUAUUUAGAUGUUUUGCUGUAAAAUUUUACUACUAGCAGGGCGUUUUUUAUGUGAUUAGGCUUGCUGUUGGUUUACGAUUGAUCUGUUUGAUUUUUAUCUCCCAAAUUGGAGCUAGUAUUGUAUUCACUGAAAAAAUGGUUAAUAUAGAGUGGGCAUAUUAUCUGAAUGUUAUAAAAGUGGAUAUGUACAAUCAAAAAAGUAUUUCCACCAAAGAAAAUGCCUUUUACUAGCUGAUGAAGCAAAUGUGAUGCAGCUGUUUUUACCAAAGAAAUGGUGAAAGGGGAAUCUUUAUCAGGACUUAAAUGAAA